AUGGGAAUGACUAGCCUGCUUUCUUCCUUCUUAAUCCUUGUGGGGAUAUCCGGCCUUGGUACAGUGCUCGGGAGCUCUCAAGGCCUUCCUGAUAGCGGUGGGCUUCACUCUCUAGGCGCCGCCAUCGACGUUAUUUUCUCGAGGAUUCUUGAGGAUGCAAAACACGAGUUGACCAACAACCAUGCACUGCAGCGGUGCGGCAAGCCUGAGGCACACGCAGCGGGGCAGACUGGGGCCCGUUGCCGGCGGGCGUUGAAGGGAGAGCCGGAGGAGGCACACGAAUUGCUGCCAUUUCUCCUCAGAGACGAAGAAGCACUCAAUCUGUGGAGAGAUCACUUCCGUCGCCACGUGAACGACCUCGUGAAGGGGGCAGCCGAGCACAGCGGUGCAGACACCCCUCUCCACGGCCCAGUCUUGAAGACGCUAGCGGAGGGUGAGUUCUGGAAUAGUCGUCCGGCCGUGAGCAAUGGGGCCUUGCAGCAUUUGCGGAUGAAGAUGCAGCGCAUGAAGUUGGCAGCAGCCGAGGAGGGGAAAGACCCUGAGCUGGCGGUUAGCUGGGAAGCAGAGGUUUCACCGCGUUUCAAGUACCACAGCAUUAAGGAUGCGAAGAGGUUGAUGGGCACGUAUCUGAGUUGGUACGAAGAUCCUGACAAGCCUGCUGUACCUUUGGGGGACCCCUUGCCAGUGAAGAAGUUCGAACUGCAGACGCCUGAGCAGGAGGAGGAGACGAACUUUGACGCACGGGAGGCGUUUCCUGAUUGCAAAGACAUCAUAGGGCAUGUGCGAGACCAGGGAGAUUGUGGCUCCUGUUGGGCGUUCGCUAGCACGGAGGCUCUCAACGACCGUUUCUGCAUCAAGACGGGAGGCAAGCACUUGGAAAUGCUGUCGCCGCAGCACACUACAUCGUGCUGCGAUCUGCUGCACUGUUUGUCCUUCGGCUGCAAUGGGGGGCAGCCCCGCAUGGCAUGGCGGUGGUUUUCAAACGAUGGGGUGGUGACGGGUGGCGACUUUGAUGAGCUACACAAGGGCAAGAGCUGUUGGCCCUACGAAGUACCCUUCUGCCAGCACCACUCCGACGGGCCGUACCCCCAGUGCGAGGGGCCCCUUCCCAAGACUCCCAAGUGCAGGAAGGACUGCGAGGAGGCGGACUACAGCUUGAAAGUGCGCCCGUUUAAAGACGAUCUGCACUUCGCCUCCAGUUCAUACAGCGUUGAAGGCCGGGACCACAUCAAGAAGGAACUCAAGGAGAACGGGACGCUUUCAGGGGCCUUCUUAGUGUUUGAAGACUUCCUUCUCUACAAAAAGGGGGUGUAUCACCACGUUACAGGAAGCCCCAUGGGGGGCCACGCAAUCAAAGUGAUUGGCUUUGGAAGUGAAGAAGGUAGGGAAUACUGGCUAGCCGUCAACAGCUGGAACGAAUACUGGGGAGAUAAAGGCACCUUCAAAAUACAGAUGGGAGAAGCUGGUAUCGACAAGGAGUUCUGCGGAGGAGAGCCAAGAGUGCCAGCAGGCUUAGGUCCCUUCUUUCAGCAGUCCGCGCAGGAUUUAUAA